CUUCUUUUCUUUUUAAUUAUUCCUCAUGGCUUAUAACGUUCUUCGUCGUACUUUUGCUACUGCUUCUUCUUCUCCUUUGAAAAUUGGUCUUAUUCCUGCUGAUGGUAUUGGUAGAGAAGUGAUUCCUGCUGCUCAACGUGUAUUAGAAUCUCUGUCUAAUGGUCCCAAGUUUGAUUUUGUUCAUUUGGAUGCUGGUUUUGAACAUUUUCAAAAAACUGGAACAGCUUUACCUCAAUCUACUAUUGACAUACUCAAGAAUGAAUGUCAAGGAGCUCUUUUCGGCGCCGUCAGUUCACCUUCUCAUAAAGUAGCCGGUUACUCUUCACCCAUUGUCGCUCUUCGUAAACAUCUGGAUUUGUAUGCCAAUGUACGUCCUGUAGCGUCUGUAGCUUCUCCUGCUUUUCCUAAUCAAAAGGUGUUAGAUAUGUUGAUUAUUCGUGAGAAUACUGAAUGUUUGUAUAUUAAAUCUGAACGCUUGGAAACUGAUCCUGCCACUGGUCUCAAGGUAGCUUAUGCUGAUCGUAAAAUCUCUGAAUAUGCUUCAAAGCGCGCUGGUACUAUGGCUUUCAAUAUGGCCCUGACUCGUCAACAAUUACGUGAACAAAAAUCACUGGAAAAUCGUAUAUGGAAGCACAAACCACGUGUGACGAUUGUGCAUAAAUCUAAUGUGUUGAGUGUGACCGAUGGUUUAUGGCGUGAAACUGUUCGUGGUGUCAAAGAAAGCAACCCUGAAAAAUAUGGUCAAGUUGAUAUGGAAGAACAAUUAGUGGAUUCAAUGGUAUAUCGUAUGUUCCGUGAACCUGAAGCAUUUGAUGUUGUGGUAGCACCUAAUCUUUAUGGUGAUAUUAUUAGUGAUGGUGCUGCUGCUCUUGUAGGUUCCCUUGGUGUAGUGCCAUCUGCUAAUGUAGGUGAUAGCUUUGUGAUGGGUGAACCUGUACAUGGUUCUGCUCCUGAUAUUGCUGGUAAAGGUAUUGCCAAUCCUAUUGCUGCUAUUCGUUCUGCUGGUUUAUUGUUAGAACAUUUGGGUCAUACUGAACAUGCUCUCAAGUUGUAUGAUGCUGUGGAUGCUGUGUUGGCGGAUGGAUCAAUUUUGACUCCUGAUCUCGGUGGCAAAAACACUACCAAUGAUGUUGUUGAAGCUGUCUUGAAAAAUCUGUAGUUCUAUUUAAUUUAAUCAAUAAAAUUAAAAAAAAACCUGUGUAUACUGGAUUUUGCAGCGCAUUUCGCGUCGGUACUCAGAAACAUUUACGUUACCAUGUCUACUAUUCAUUUACUGUCCUGGGAGUCAUUUCAUAAAAAGGUAUUAUCUACCUUACAAUGUGAAAACCACAAGCAACAUCCGUUUCAAAAAAAA